AUGACGAGAAAUACGGCUCAAUAUUAUCUCAUGAUCAAAAGAAUUCAAAUUCUAGAGAAUUUGGAUGAGAGUGAACGUUAUGCAGUGGCUUCAGACAAUCAGCAAGAACUUUGCCCUAAAAUGUUGAAUCAAUUGCAAAAGCAUGUGGACUGUCGAAGAAUUCAUCUACAAUUUUCUUACCCUUCGUUUUACCAUGGAAUGAAUGGAUAUGCCCAUGACAUUGUCAUCAAUAAGGUCAAGAUGCAUUACUGGAUUUCAUCCAACACAAAAACAGCCAUAGAAUGCGUGAAAAUGAUUGUAGAUGUAUUGGUGGUGGACAAUGGAAUGUAG